AUGAUAUUCUUAACAACGAACCAGGCCAAGAUAUUGAGAAACAAUGCACUUAUGACAAAAAUGGUUUCGAACUUUCGCAAAGACAACGACUUCUCCGACGAGAAGGAAGAAAGUCAGCUUAUUUUAAGUAAAAUGCAAAACGUUUUGUGUAAAAACUUCCCGACGAUACCGUGCAACAUGAUCCUGCAAGACAAGGCGCUCAAAAAAUUAAUAGAAAAAUCCAUACAGCAAAUAAACUACAAGAAACUUUCUUUUGAAAAGACGACGCCCUUUCCCGGAUAUCUGACCCUUUUUCCCAUCGUAAAUAACGAUUUGUCGAGCCAACCGGCUCAGGAUAAAGUUUACUUCGUUAAAAAAGAUUAUAGAAAAGACACGCGCGAGAAAAGAAAGAAAAUCAAGACCAAAACGCACACAGCGGUAUACAACAGAAAGAAACUCCGUAAGUUUUACCCGCACAAAGUAAAAUACAGGGAUAAGACGAACAGGAAUAUUAAGGAGGACUUCGGUGAAAAUUCAGAGGAAAAGCUAUCAAUGUCUGUUGAAAUACCGGACAUGACCCAGACGAGGAAGCACCAACACUUCUCGUAUAAGAUGGAACCCGUCGAUCCGCCCGUUUGGAGAAUAGACUACAUGAAACACGGCGAGCCUAGUGUCAACAUGUUCGGACAAGAUGACGGGUUUCAUGGAUUUAUGAAAACAGGACCGAACGUGAUCGUAGACGGAAAUGUUGACACGCGGAAAGACGUUCUCCACCCAGACGUCUACAUUAAAAAUAAUUAUAUUAGAAAAAACUUAGAUACAAGGUCGGUUGCUGAAUAA